UUUAGGGUUUAUUCUUCUUGGCUUCUUGGUCUGAGCUUCCUCCUCUUCUUCUUCUUCAAGCCGCAGCCGAAGAUCCUUACUUUGCUAAUCUUCUACUGAUCCUCCAGUCAUGGCCACCUCCGUAGAAAUCGACGCCGAGAUUCAACAGCAGCUUACCAAUGAGGUUAAGCUCUUCAACCGUUGGAGCUUUGAUGACGUUUCGGUCACAGAUAUUAGUCUUGUGGACUACAUUGGUGUUCAGCCAGCGAAGCAUGCAACUUUUGUUCCUCACACUGCUGGGAGAUACUCUGUGAAGAGGUUCAGAAAGGCUCAAUGCCCAAUUGUUGAGAGGCUCACUAACUCUCUCAUGAUGCACGGGAGGAACAACGGUAAGAAGUUGAUGGCUGUCAGGAUCGUCAAGCAUGCCAUGGAGAUCAUCCACCUCUUGUCUGACUUGAACCCGAUUCAAGUUAUCAUUGAUGCCAUUGUUAACAGUGGUCCUCGUGAAGAUGCUACUAGGAUUGGAUCUGCUGGUGUGGUUAGGAGGCAGGCCGUUGAUAUCUCUCCUCUAAGACGUGUGAACCAAGCAAUCUUCUUGCUUACCACUGGUGCACGUGAAGCUGCCUUUAGAAACAUCAAGACAAUCGCUGAGUGCCUUGCUGAUGAACUCAUCAAUGCUGCAAAGGGGUCUUCCAACAGCUAUGCCAUCAAGAAGAAAGAUGAGAUUGAGAGAGUUGCUAAGGCCAAUCGUUAAGGGAUCUUUCUUUUCUCUAAGUUUGCAUUAUAUCAAAAGAGUUUUUGUGUUGUUUCCAUUAGCUUUGGAUAUGUUUCAGAUGAUCUCUCUAUCUUUUAUGAAGUUUUGACACAUUUAAUCGACUUGGGAUCUUGAUCAUUCAAAUGGUUUCAUAUAUUUCAUCUAUAUAUGUUUCAGUUAAAAGUUCUAUAAAUUAUGGUAGUCUUA